AAGUACAAAGGUACUUUCGAAGGUGCUUCCGUACUUCCGUACUUCUCCGAAGUUACUUCCGGAAGUAUCACCGCACGGGGACACUAGAAUACGAGUACAAAGGUGCACGCAGUGCGCGAGGUUCUCCGCAGAAGUAACCCAACCAGAAGGGGCGCCGAGGAGAGGGCGCUCUUCUACAGAAACAGUCGAUCUUGGCGCCUCAAAGUCACUGUUAAAACCUUUUAGAUGUCUGCGCUUUGCGGCGUUCAGAGCCUCACUGCGAGCGUGAGGCGGGACAUAUUCUUGAAGCGAGAACGCGGGGGAUGCCGCUCGUUUGAAAAAUUUGGCGGAGAACCAAUUUCCAGGCGGAGAAGGGGAUCAUUUCUUACUAUAGCAGGAGUCUCAUCGGAAUUAGAAGAUGGCCAAAUUGAAGGGAUUGAGGGAUACGGGGCGAUAUCGACAAAGCCUGCGACCCCCUUGCUCGAUACUGUGAACUAUCCUGUCCACUUAAAGAAUCUGAGCAUGGAGCAGCUUAAACAAGUUGCCAAGGAACUAAGAGCAGACCUAAUUUACAACGUUUCUCAAACUGGAGGUCAUCUCGGAUCCAGUCUCGGAGUUGUAGAGCUCACCGUUGCUCUUAAUUACGUGUUUGAUCAGCCUGAGGAUAGGAUAAUAUGGGACGUUGGCCACCAGGCCUAUCCACAUAAGAUGCUUACUGGGAGGCGAAAACAAAUGAACACCAUGAGGCGAACAAGGGGCCUUUCUCCUUUCACCAAAAGAAGCGAAAGUCCAUUUGACUGCUUCGGAGCCGGACAUAGCAGUACAUCAAUAUCGGCCGGGCUUGGGAUGGCAGUAGCCCGGGAUAUGCAAGGAAGAUCUAAUCAUGUUAUUGCUGUGAUUGGUGACGGUGCCAUCACUGGUGGAAUGGCCUAUGAAGCUAUGAACAAUGCAGGAUACUUGGAUACCAAUAUGAUUAUCAUCUUGAACGAUAAUCAACAGGUUUCUCUUCCUACCCAAUACAACAGCUUGAAUCAAGACCCCGUUGGCGCCCUCUCUUCUACUUUUGCGCGUCUGCAGUCAUCGAAACCGCUCCGGGAACUACGGGAGUCAGCCAAGGCAAUAACGAAACAGAUGCCAGUUCCAGUUCAAGAAGUCACAGCAAAGGUUGAUGAGUAUGCGCGCGGUAUGAUAAGUGGCUCUGGAUCGACACUCUUUGAGGAGUUAGGGCUAUACUAUAUUGGAACUGUGGACGGCCACAAUCUUCAAGACCUGGUUGCUAUUCUGGAGGAAGUUAAGUCAACUAGAAGUGUUGGACCAGUGCUAAUUCAUACCGUGACUGAAAAGGGUCGGGGAUACUCUUAUGCAGAGGCUGCACAGGACAAGUAUCACGGAGUUUCCACGUUCGACGUAGCCUCUGGAAAGCAGAAGAAGUCAUCUGGGGGCAUUCCGUCGUAUACUCAAGUAUUUGCCGACGCCCUGAUCGGAGAAGCAAGUCGCGAUGAAAGUGUGGUCGCUGUCCAUGCUGCCAUGGGUGGUGGCACUGGUUUAAACCACUUUGAGAGGUUUUUUGCGGAUCGUACAUUUGAUGUUGGCAUCGCGGAACAGCAUGCCGUCACUUUCGCAGCUGGUCUCGCAGUAGAGGGAUUGAAACCUGUAUGCACGAUCUACUCGACAUUUUUGCAGCGAGGAUUUGAUCAGGUAGUACACGAUGUGGCUUUACAGAAGUUACCAGUCCGCUUUGCUAUGGACCGCGCUGGAUUAGUAGGCGAAGAUGGUCCAACUCAUGCAGGUGCUUAUGAUGUUGCUUUUAUGGCUUGUCUGCCCGACAUGGUUGUUAUGGCACCUAUGAAUGAAGCCGAGCUUUGCCACAUGGUGGCUACUUCCAUUGCCAUCGAUGAUCGGCCUUCGUGUUUUCGUUAUCCUCGCGGUGCUGGCGUUGGUAUCGAUCUAGAAGAGGAGGGUGUCACGAUGGGAAAUCCAGGGUACCGAGGUAAAGUCAUCGAGGUAGGGAAGGGUCAGAUACUACAGGAAGGAACUGACUUAUGUUUGCUUGGAUAUGGAACAUGCACGAAUAGAUGUCUUGAGGCAGCAAAGAUGCUCGAAGAGCUUGAUAUAAGUGUGACAGUGGCUGAUGCCCGAUUUUGCAAACCACUUGAUACUUCUCUCAUUCGGCAACUUGCGAAGAAUCACGCGGCUAUGAUCACUGUAGAAGAAGGCUCGAUUGGCGGAUUUGCCUCUCACGUACUCCAGUUUCUUGCUCUUGAUGGUCUUCUUGAUGGUAACCUCAAGGUUCGUCCUCUUACUCUUCCUGAUCGGCCAAUUGAACAUGGAGCCUUUGAAAUGCAACUCCUGGAAGCUGGGCUGUCGUCCUCACAAAUCGCAUCAUCAGCGCUUUCACUGCUAGGUCACGAGCUUGAAUCCGGAACAAUACCUCGCUUCAACGAGACUUCUAAGAACACUGUCUAAGAAGAGCAGCUUAACGAAUUCCCUGAAAGCAGAACUAGUGAAGCUGGAGGAAGCCAAGAUGGUCGAAUUUCAAAUUCAAAAUAAAAAAUAAAUUUACCAGUC